AAGGAACAGUUUGUCCCGUCACCGGCGUUUUAUUUAGCAGCAGAAGGUCGUCAGCAGCUGGACGGAAUUUAACACAAAAAAAAAAAAAUCAGGUCACACCCAGAUGAGAGAAUCAGACUUUGUUCCAGGUGUUGUGCCGUAGACACAGGGUGAUGUGAGUAUAAGUGAAAACAGACAGUAACGCGGCCUCACGUCGCGUUUUGUCGGGUUGUUAUGAAACCUCGUUAGCCACAGUUAGCCGCUGACUACCAUCGUUCGGCUCGGAGCUUUGAGAAGUGACCAGAGACGCGGGCAGUUUGCUAUUGCUGUAGUUAACUGCUCUGACAUAAGAGAGUUUGGACCCGAACUUUAAUUCUCUCUGUCCUCUUCCGUCUCGUUGGACCUGAACCCGGAGCUCCGCUUCUCAGAUCCAGGAUCAUCCUUGUUUGAGCGGAGAGUGGCUGGUUUGAUGGCAGCCACAGCCGGUGCCCGGCGGUUACCCAUGGGUGUGCGGACGUUCAGUGACUUUCUCCAGAUCGCCACUGUGGGCUCCCCUCGCUCCUGUCGUUCGGCUUUACAAAGAGGAUGUCUGAAACAAAACAUCAGACACCUGUCUUCAUGUGGCAUUUUGAUGACGAGAAGUCCCAAGGUGCUUUGCCUUCAAGAGUGGGACACGAUGGCUGCUGUUCACCAAAGCAGAAACUUCAUCAGCCUCACCAACAAAAGGAAGGAGUACUCAGAGCGCCGUAUACUUGGUUAUUCCAUGCAGGAAAUGUACGAUGUGGUGGCCAACGUCGACGACUACAAGCACUUUGUGCCUUGGUGUAAGAAGUCCCAGACCAUCAUGAAAAGGGCAGGUCACUCGAAAGCCCAACUGGAAGUGGGAUUUCCUCCUGUGAUGGAGAGAUACACGUCUAUGAUCACUAGUGUUAGGCCUCAUUUAGUCAAAGCUGUGUGCACAGAUGGAAAGCUGUUCAAUCACUUGGAGACGAUAUGGCGCUUUAGUCCUGGGAUUCCCGGUUACCCUCGCACCUGCACUGUAGACUUUUCUAUAUCCUUUGAGUUCCGGUCCUUGCUCCACUCCCAGUUAGCCACCAUGUUCUUCGACGAAGUUGUAAAGCAGAAUGUUGCAGCAUUCGAGCGGCGAGCUUGCAAGUUGUACGGCCCAGAGACUCGAAUUCCACGGGAGCUGAUGUUUCACGAAGUGCAUCAGACGUGAUCUCUGUGGCGGCACGUCCUCAUCUGGCCUUAAACCACACCAACGUUCAUCCCUGUCGCGCCCUCCGACCCGCAUGACCCAACCUGGCUCAGCCUCCCCACAUUCAGUCUCCACUGCUGUAUAGACAUCGCAGGUACAAACAGACCCAUAACUCCUAAUGUUGGAAUUCCUUCCUCCUCUCCUUUGGCCUGUUUCAUGUCCGUCUACCUCCAGUUUAGUUCUUGUUGAGCAGAACCCACCAUUGCACUAGCUGUUGCAGCUGUAUUUAUGUUAAGUAAACAGUAAAUUGUUACAACACCUGCGUAACAUUGACUUUAACUUUAAAACGACUUCCUUUUUAUUUUAUUUUGAAAACACACAGACGCCCUCAGAGUUGAACCCAUGUUUAAGUAUCACGGGUCUCUGUGAUGUGAGGAAACUGGACGCGGCGAGAAAACGCCACCGCUGAUCACACUGCACUAUGAAAGCACAUUCUGUCUUUUACUUUUACCAUUUGCUCCUACUGCAAAUGGACAUUUUAAUAUAUUCACCAGAAAGUAGUGCUAUGCCUUCAAAUUAUUCAUUGUUUUUAAUUUAUAUUGCUGUAGAUAUUUGAAAACACUUGUUUUAUUUGGGCUUAUCAAUGGUGCCAUGUUUUGGGGACAUCAUGUGUUGUCACUGUUGCAGUAUUAUAAAAAGUAAAAUGCUUCAUUAGUAGCCAGCUGCAAACGAGGGUUUGGGAAAAAUCGCUUUGACUUAGAUGCUGUGCUGCUUCUGUUUUAUAUUAUGCCUUAUUUAAAAGUCCAGCUGGAGAAAACAGCAGCUGGACUUGGCAGGAGUGAAUGAAUGAAGUCAGAGAAAUGCUGGAGUGUACUGUAAAAGGGCUAAUGAGAGAAAAACAUCUUAAGAAAACAGCAAUAUUUGCCCAAUUUUAUUUUAUAAAAUAUAUACAGGUUAAAGGAUGGAAAUUAAAAUGCCAUUUUACAUAAUCACGUCUUACAGUGCUUUUUAAACUGAAGUAAAACGAUGCUAAAAAUCAAAAUGUUGCAAAGAAGGCACAUUUUUCCCUUGUUAGCCAAUUGUAUUUUUGGUCCAUCUUCUGGAGGUGAUCAGGACCAUGAGAUCCUUAUUUCAUCUUCAUUCUUAUUUUGAAACAUACUGGUAAGCUGUAGAAUAAAAUGCUGCAAAACUAU